AUGCUUCACACUGCACUCGCCGAGCUGGCUAUACGAUCGAGGAGCAUGAGCCCGUCCAUCGUCACCGUGUCGCUCGCCGCCGCCGCCGCCCUCGUCGCCAUGGUGCGGGUCGGGCCGGAGGAGCUGGCCAGCCGGCUCUCCGAGGCCCGGCCGGUGCACCUCUUCUUGGCCUGCUUCCUUCCGGCCGCGGCGACCGUCCUGUACCUCAUGCUGCGUCCCCGCGCGGUGUACCUCGUCGACUACGCCGGCUUCCGCACCCCGCACACCUGCCGCAUCCCCUUCGCCAGCUUCCUGGAGCACGCCAAGCUGAUGCCCGAGCUCAGCGAGCGCAGCAUCCGGUUCAUGACGCGCCUGCUGGAGCGCUCCGGGAUCGGGGAGGAGACCUGCCUGCCGCCGGCGCACCACUACAUCGGCACGCACAAGUACUGCACCGUCGACGCCGCCCGCGCCGAGUUCGAGCUCGUCGCCUUCUCGGCCAUCGACGACCUGCUCGCCAAGACCGGCGUCGCCCCCGAGGCCAUCGACAUACUCAUCGUCAACUGCAGCCUCUUCUGCCCCACGCCGUCCCUGGUCGACAUGAUCGUGAACAAGUACAAGCUGCGGAGCGAUAUCCGCAGCAUGCACCUCUCCGGCAUGGGGUGCAGCGCGGGGCUCGUCGCCGUGGGGCUCGCGGGGAACCUGCUGCAGGUCGCCCCCCACGGCGCGCACGCGCUGGUCGUCUCCACGGAGACCAUCACGCCCAACUACUACGUCGGGACCGAGCGCGCAAUGCUCCUGCCCAACUGCCUCUUCCGCAUCGGCGGGGCGGCCGCGCUGCUGUCGACGUCCCCGGCGAAGGCCCGGUUCCGCCUGAAGCACCUCAUCCGCACGCUCACCGGCGCGCAGGACAGCGCCUACCGGUGCGUGUUCCAAGAGGAGGACGGGGAUGGCCACCGCGGGAUCAACCUCAGCAAGGACCUGAUGAACAUCGCCGGCGACGCGCUCAAGGCCAACAUCACCGCGAUGGGGCCGCUAGUCCUGCCGGCCAGCGAGCAGCUCAAGUUCGCCCUCUCCUUCAUCGCGCGGAAGGUGAUCAACAGGCGGGUGAAGCCGUACAUCCCCGACUUCCGCACGGCGUUCGAGCACUUCUGCAUCCACGCCGGCGGCCGCGCGAUCAUCGACGAGCUGCAGAAGAACCUCGGGCUGUCCGACGAGCAGGUGGAGGCGUCGCGGAUGACGCUGCACAAGUUCGGCAACACGUCGAGCAGCUCGCUGUGGUACGAGCUGGGCUACAUCGAGGCCAAGGGCCGCAUGCGCAAGGGCGACCGCGUGUGGAUGAUCGGCUUCGGGUCCGGGUUCAAGUGCAACAGCGCGGCGUGGGAGUGCAUCCAGCCCGCCCGCAACGCCGAUGGGCCGUGGGCGACGUCCAUCCACAGAUACCCGGUGGUCAUCCCCGACGUUCUCAGCCAUUAA